GGGCAUGUACUAUAUAUACACCUUUCUUUCGAUAUUGGUCUCCACCAAGCCAUAAUUUACCUAUAUAUAAUAUAUACUUAUAAUUGCUUGCUUUUUUACAAUUACAAACAAAUUUAUCUCAGCAUCUUGGGCAGACGUGAUGACUUCAAAUGAAACUGACACUGAGGAUGUGUUUCUCUGCUAUCCACUCCUGCUGGAUUCCUGUCCUAAAGUACAACGUCUUGCUGUAAUUAAAGUAGCAAUGUAUGCUUUCUUGAUGCUGAUGAUCCUCACAACAGUUUUUGGGAAUCUGCUGAUCAUCAUCUCCAUCUCUCACUUCAAACAUCUACAGUCUCCAACUCACAUGAUCGUUCAGUCUCUGGCAGCUUGUGAUUGUCUGCUGGGCUCUUUGGUCAUGCCGUACAGCAUGGUGCGAUCUGUUGAAGGCUGCUGGUAUCUGGGAGAUUUUGUGUGUAAAGUGCAUUCUAGUUUAGACAUGACCUUCUGUAUCGCUUCCAUACUGCAUCUCAGUUUAAUAUCUGUUGACAGGUACUGGGCCAUUUGUGAUCCUUUAAGGUACAAAAUGCGGGUCACAAACAACACUGUGACUGUAUUUACUACCUUCACAUGGCUGUUUUCAUUUAUGUACAGUUUUUAUGUUGUGUUUUCAGGGGUGAACACAAUUGGCCUGGAGUCAUUUAUCAUGCAGGUUUACUGUGUGGGAAGUUGUGUUCUGUUUUUUAACAAACAGUGGGGUCUUAUAUGUCCAGUUCUUAUAUUUUUCCUUCCUGGCUCAAUCAUGGCCUCUCUGUAUAUAAAAAUCUUCCAUGUUGCACGAAAACAUGCAAAGGUUAUGUCAGAAAGAGUGACUGUGGCUACAGCAGGAGGGUUAAAGAGCCAACGCUCUGCACACAGAGAGAGAAAAGCAGCGAAAACUCUGGCCAUUGUUAUUGGUGUUUUUCUGUUUUGCUGGCUGCCUUAUUUCAUUGUUAAUGCUCUUGACCCUUUUUUCAAUUUUUUUACUCCAGCUGAUAUUUUUGAUGCUGUAUUUUGGUUUGCAUAUUUUAACUCCACUUGUAACCCCUUAAUCUAUGGAUUUUUCUACCCUUGUUUUCAGAAUGCAUUUAAGAUUCUUAUAUCCACUUAUAUCUGUGGCAUCAAAGAUUCAAACACCUUGAUUUAUGAAUGA